CUUAGAUGAUGAAUUCGUGUAAAAAAACGACUAAAUACUUCAGGGAUCAGGAGACAGGUUGCCAGAGGCAUCUGCAGGAGCCAAGCUUAAUGGCAAAAUAAUACAAUAUAAUAUAAAUCACCAGGCACGGACCGGGCAACGACGUCAAAACCCAUCGAGCGGGGUGUGAAACCGAAUAAAAGUAUCAAAAGGAGAGAAAGAGAAUAAGAUCUUGAAUGCAAGACGAAAACCGAGAUCACAUUAUGGCCCCCAUUGGCUCCCUCCGUCCAAAAAUAUCCCUGUCAUGCUUUUCAAUGUCAGUGACAAUCCGGCAUGAUGGACGAUGUUUGGUUCAUACUAUAUUUUCCAGAUUAUCCUUAAUCAACUCACCUCCGUCGUCAAACCACCCCCUAAAUCCACUCUUCGCACCAAUUAUUAUUGCCCACCCUCCCCCUGGAAAUCUAGUUGAUUCCUUCGAGCCGCCCCCCCACAUCCUGCGCGAAACGCUCUGAGGUGCAAAGGAGGGGAAAAGUUACUCUUCAUUGGCAGGGCGCAAUCAUGGCUGAUAGUGAUCGGAAGCGCCCGCAGUCCGACGAUCCCCAACCGCAACCUGCAUGCGAUGCUAUGUCUCCCUCGAAACCGUCAAGGAGCCAUGCCAGUCAGAAUGAUGACGUUGGCGACGAGAGUGACGGGCGGCGCGUAUUCUCGCUAGCCCUGCGCGACAACGUCCAAAAGGCACACGCUCCUCCCGACAAAAAUGAUAGCGACAGUGACGAUGACGAUUACACCUCAUCCUCCGGGAGUGAUAGUGAUGAAGACGACGAGGUCGACAAUGAGGAAGACGACCAAGAUCGUGAUGUAAAAAGUGACAGUGGCUCUGAUCACUCUUUUCCGCGCAUACCUGCUCUACAAAAACCUCAAAUACAUCGUAUCGAGAAAAACCCUGAUCUCCUCUCCCGACUGUCUGCGUUUCUUCCACAAAUGAAAAGUGCCAAUGAUAAACUACAGCAAGAGAUAGAGGCUGGGAGGGGGAAGGACCUGAGGCUGGACGAGGUGGAUGAUCAAACUGAUGGCCAAUAUAUUGAAAUGAACCUGGGCCUAGGCGUCCUGGAAGAGAAACGCCCCGCCGACGGCGUCGUCCCUAGUGCAAAGAGCGAAGGUUCGGACGAAGGCCCUGCAGAAAAACCACACCCGAAUGCGCCAUCCGAGUCGAACGUCUUGGAAACGCUGAUGGGAAACCAAGAUACUACAUCGUCGAAAAAGCCAACCAUUGAGGAAAUGAACGAAUAAAACACAGUAAACGUGGGAUUGGGUUGCAUGGACGGCGCUUACGGAUGUGAUAUGUUUUCACCUACAUAUUGGAUGGGCUUUUUGUGUGUUCAACUUACUGUACGAUAUAUUCUCUGCUUGGCCUUUGGUGUGAGUCCUCGACGUGGGAUCUAAAAGUUUUUUGUUAUAUCGUCACUAGAAGAAUAGACUAGAGUAAUUGUAUGG